AACUUAAUAUCGUAAAACGCACAUUUCUCUAUUGGAAUAGAUGUGCAUGCGUAUUUUCAUUUCUAAAACGAUCGGAUAAUAAUAUCAUUUUAUCUUGAAAUAAUGGCGGAUGACGAUUGUAAUGAUGAAAUCGUUGAUUUUGACGAAAUGGGUCUGGACGAUCGUAUCUUGAAAGCCAUAGCUUUGUUAGGAUGGUCUAAGCCCACCUUAAUUCAAGAAAAAGCUAUUCCUUUAGCUUUAGAUGGUAAAGAUAUUUUGGCGAGAGCUAGAACUGGUUCAGGUAAAACUGGGGGUUAUGCCAUACCUGUCAUUCAAAAAAUUUUGGAUAAUAAAAAGUCAGCUAGCGAACAAAGCGUCAGAGCUUUAAUUAUAACUCCAAGCCGUGAAUUAUGCAAUCAAGCUUUCAAAAAUAUCCAAGAUCUUUGUCGAUGUUGCUCCAGAAGCGUAAGAUGUCUUGACAUAUCUACCCGAAUUCCCUUGGAUCAACAAAAACCAUUGUUGAAAGAGAAACCGGAUAUUAUCGUUUCGACACCGAGUAGAAUUCUUGCUCAUCUACAAGCGAAAAAUAUAACUCUAAAAAGUUCGCUAGAAUAUUUAGUUGUUGAUGAAGCUGAUCUAGUAUUUUCCUUUGGUUUUGAAUCUGACAUGAAAUCUUUAUUGAGCUUCCUACCUCAAAUUUUUCAAGCAUUUCUUAUGUCAGCAACACUUAGUGAUGAAGUAAAGUCGUUGAAAAAACUAAUUCUAUCAAAUCCUGUUAUACUUAAAUUAGAAGAAUCGCAAUUACCGUCUUCAUCGCAAUUAACACAAUAUCAUAUAAAGUGUGAAGAGGAAGACAAAUUUGUUCUUAUAUACUCUUUGUUAAAGCUAGGAUUAGUGAGAGGAAAAACGAUUAUUUUUGUUAAUUCUGUAUUUCGAUGUUACAGAUUGAAAUUAUUUUUGGAACAAUUUGGAAUAAUAUGCUGUGUUCUGAAUUCUGAAUUACCUGUAAAUUCUAGAACUCAUAUUGUUAAUCAGUUUAAUGAAGGUCUAUAUGACUAUAUUAUUGCUGCGGAUGAAAAUGCACUUUUUGAUCCAGCGGCUCAAAAAACUAAACGAAAACGUGAUAAGGAAAGUGGAGUGUCCCGGGGUAUCGACUUUCAAUUUGUGUCGAAUGUCAUAAAUUUUGACUUUCCGGUAAAUGUGGAAUCUUACGUGCAUCGAGUGGGGCGAACAGCUAGAGUUGAAAAUCAAGGAACUGCUUUAUCAUUUGUAAGCGUUAAAGAGAAUGAACUAUUAGAAAAAGUUGAAGAGACUUUAAAGGAAACUCAUCCUGAUGGCGAAAGUGUGUUCAAGCCUUAUCAAUUCAAAAUGAAAGAAAUUGAAGGUUUCCGUUAUAGAGCAAGGGACGCAAUGAGAUCUGUAACAAAAGUGGCUAUACGAGAAGCCAGAUUGAAAGAAAUUAAAAACGAAUUGUUGAAUUCUGAAAAAUUGAAGGCAUAUUUUGAAGAUAAUCCAAGAGAUUUACAAUUGUUGAGACACGACAAAGCCUUACAUACCGUAAAGAGUCAGCAGCACAUGAAAAAUGUUCCAGAUUAUAUAGUGCCACCAACAUUACGAAACUUUCAAAAAGGAAAUCGAAAAAGAAAAAAAGAUAAUAAAUCAAAUUCUGGCAAGGUUUCGUCAAAGAGGUCUUAUAAAGAUGCGGGUCAAAGUCAAAAAUUGGAUCAGCAAAUUAAUAGACCAGAUCGAUUUUUCAAAAGAAGACGAUCAUGCAUCUGGCGACCUAGCACGAGUAUUGCGAACAAAAAUGUAAUUAUGGAGAUAAGUGAUGGAUAUACAAUAAUUGAAGCUAUAAUAUCUGUGCAAGAUAUAGAAUCAGCGGAUAUUUUCCUAGAUCCAAAGCCGGAUGAUACCGCAGACAUUGAGGAUAGAUAUUGUUUAAAGAAUAACAUGACAAUUCAAAUUAGAAAAUUAAAGAUACUUCAACCUGGAUCAGAAAAGAUAAAAACGAUGGGUUAUCUGAGAAAUCAUUUCGUUCUUGAGCUACAAAAGAUCAGGUGGUUUGCUGAUGAGACAUGUGAAAUGAUUACGUGCGAUAAUGCUGUUUAUAUAUCUCAAGUAUGUAAGAAAAAAAUGGAAGAAUUUGAAAUACAUCGUAGAAUUGCAAAACUUAAACAAUAUGGAGAAUCUUCACCACAGAACACAAUUAGCCUCCAAUGCCUUGGAUUAACUGGGGAUACAAGAGAGCGUGUGAAAGAAUUUAUGAGGACGAAUGAAAAAUACCGGGUUUUCGUAAGUAAUAGAAGAUGCAGUGAAAAUCCUUCACAAUCUGUGACUUAUGUUGAUACAUCAAUGAAAUCAUUGUCAAAUCUUGUUGGUGCGCUUGAUCAGUCAAAAUCUCAAGACUACGAAUAUAAUACAUCUCCCUCCAAACGUCUGAGUACAUCGCAAUUGAAAUCACCAAAUUAUAAAAGAAUAAGACUAAGCCAAGAUGUUACAACUCAAAAUGAAGAAGAUAAAUCGGGGGAAAAUAUAGAGAUAAUUGUUGAUGUGGAACCAGUAAACUCCUCUCAACCUCACACUUCUACUCAAGCAUUCACACAACCAUACCCUUUAACAUUGAAUAUGUCUCCAAUUGCAGCCGAUAGUCAGGCUGAAAAUAAAGAUUGUGGAAAUCAUGAUAAGCUGAUAGAAGAAUCCAGUAAAAGCUGCAAGGAAAAACAUAAAGAGAUAUAUGAAGAAGAGCGUCGUCGGCUUAAUAGCCUAUCAGUGUCAGAUGAUAAUUUUCAAACAGCCCCAAAUAAUCCUGUCAGAGUGAUUGAGGAGUCAGACAGUGCUAUUCAUUCUACUCAAUGGAAACAUGUGGAACAAGAAGAAAAUGAUCGACUUGAAAAGAUGAAGCAAGCUAACAAGAAUGGUAAUGAUUUAUCAACUUUUAAUAAAGACAUAAAUCGCUCCAUUGAAGGUAGACAAACUCAAAGUAUUGAAGAUAAAACAGAUAGUCAUGACAACGAAGCCAUAAGCGUAGAUAAUUCCGGAAAAAGUUCAAAGAAUACUCAAUCAGAAUACGAGUCAAGUCAAGAUCACGGACAACGGGGAACAUGCGAUUCAGCUCAAAAUUCUGAUGAAAUUAACAACUCUGAGAGUAAAAUUACUCAGGACUCUGAAUCCUUCGAGUCAGUGAACAAAUCUAAAAACGUUGUAAAUUCGUCAAAGACUCUAUCUUCCGAACUUGUUAAAUAUUUGACUGACGAUGACUUUGAUGAGCCUAGGGUUUUAAUAAAGAAACCGACUCAUUCCCCGAAAACAGUUGAAGAUUCUGAAUUUUAUACACCAGCCGAAAUAUAUACAGAGAAAGAAAAUCAACUUACACAAAUGAGCUGUAUAACUGAAGACGAAUCAACUCAAAAGUCUACUAAAAAAGCACCAUCGAAAGAAAUGGCAAGCCAAGGAGGAACAGAUUCCCAAGGGGAUAUAUUUUUCGAUGCUCAAGAGCAUUUCUCCUGUAUAACAGACGAUGGUAGUCAAGAGUCUCGGAAAACACCACAAGAAAUUAAUGAAGAUGAUGAAACAGAUACUACUGACUCAUCAGAUGGUUCGACUAGUCAAGAAAAGAAUAGUUCGGUGAGUGAAAAACAGACCUUAGAAGUAAACGAGACAAGUAUGAGAGCAACCGAAAGUAAGGAUAAUAAAGAAACCUCCGAAGAGGAAGAAAAUGUUGUUUCUCGAAUAGAGUCCCCCAAAAAAGUUUGUUCAGAGAAAAAUAUUGACGAAUCAAGAGCAGGUAUUUGUGGAGAAAGGAAUGUUACUCAUAUUUCAGAUUCUGAUGAUUCAUUCCCAUCCAUCAUUGAACCAACCGCCAUUUCACCAGGAUCCGUAACACCGCAAAAAAAAUCUGCAAUAGUUACAGAAACACCUAAUCAAUCCCUAAAGCCUUUUCAAAUACCUCCUUCAACUGGCCGAAAGUUUCUUAUGUCACGAAAAAGAACAAACAACGACUCACUAUCUCAGCUUUUAAGCUGUAAGAAUAGUGGUAAUGGAGACCAGGCGAGUUUAGCAUUAAGAUUUAAAAUUUUUCUACAACUUUUGUUCACAGGAAAGAAAAAGACCUGUAAAGCAAACCGAAAAAAAAAUUGA